UUGGGUGGAAUGCGACAAGAAACGGCAGAUCUUCUUUGAUAAUAUGAAACAGAUUUACCAGGAUGUGUGACUUGGAGUUUUCCUGAAAACCUUUUUCAAAUAAGAUAAGGUUUUGUUGAUACCAGGGAAAGUUACUCUUCAUUCUUUGUGCAGAGGGAGUUUAAAAAUGAUGAAAGAUAGUGAAUGAAAUUUUCUUGGAGUUUGUUUUCUGUAUAUAAUCUAAAGUUUCAAGUGAAAAUUGAUAAGAAUAGCAGGAAGGUGUAAAGCAAUUUCUGAAUGCUGUGACUUCUGAAUGAAAUAAAUGCAAUAUUUAAGAAUUGAGAAAAACUAAUGGAAAUAAUGAAUAAUUUGUACCAAGAUCAGGAUUUUAUUACUUCCCUUUAAUGCCACUGUGAGAAAAAUUGAAAUGAUUCCCCAUAGCUUUUCAAUGAUGUCAUCAGAAAGCUUUCAGUAAUUAUUAUAUGAAAUUUAAAUCAGAUAAAGGGAGGUAAUUUGCAUGAGAAAUGUUUUAUUGAGUUAAAAUAUAGGGAUUUGCAAUUACAACAAAAAAAGGUGUGUGAAUGAAAAUUCAUACAAAGAAUAAAUUAUGUCCAAAAAGCAUGAUGCAGCAAUUUUGAUACUAUUUUAAGUGAUUUUUUUUUUACAGGCAUUGUAAGUAAGGAAAAUGCACUUAUUUAAACUUUUGCAGAUAAUAGAUGGAAAACAAGAUAAUUGGAUUUGAAGACAAAAUUAGGCUCAUCUUACUGAAACAGGUCAAGAGAUCAUUGUCAAGUUAAUGGAAUUCACAGUGUAUUUAAUUGCAUUGAACAUGCUUGUCAAUAAAAAUAUUAUGACACCAAAUAUUGAUAUUAGGUACUUAAACGACCAAUAAUAAAGUCAGAGUGUCUAUCGUUAGCAUAUACUUAAAGCUACUUCGUGUCCGACAAAUAAAAUUGUAGCAAUUUCAAGCCUUGAAGCGCUUUAUAUCUCGAUAGUAAGAUUUGAACAUGUGCCAUUGUUUCUGUAAUAGGAUUAAAAGUUUUCUGCACUGUUGAUGCAAUAUUAGACGAUUUUUUUUAUUACCUUACAUAAAUAAAUUCAUAAAGGAUAGAACUAAUUUGUGGGUAAUGUUACAUAUGAAAAAUAACAUAGUGCAUUUGAAAUUUUUAGCUAUGAAUAAAAAUGAGUAGGAAUACAUGUGGUGUGCACUUAUUCUUUAAUUGGAUUAAAAGCUCAGAAUGAUUACUUAGGGAAUACUAGAAGCAGGAAUGGGAUCACGUCCAAAAAUGAUCAGGCGACUUAGCCAAAUAUGGAUGACAGAAGGCCGAAAAUGUCAAAUACUGCUCCCUGAUGAAAGACGUUUAGAACUCCUUAUUCAGCCAAAAUUACUGACGUGGGAACUGCUUGACAUUGUUGCGUCCCAUUUCAAGCUCAAAGAAAAAGAAUAUUUUGGUCUUGCCUUCCAAGAUGACACGGGUCAUUACAAUUGGUUACAUCAAGAGAAAAAAGUGUUGGAGCAUGAUUUACCUCGCAAACAAGGCUCCAACUUAGUUAUUUCAUUCCUAGUUAGAUUUUAUAUGGAAAGUAUAACUCAGCUACGUGAUACUUCUACUGUUGAACUUUUCUACCUCAAUGCCAAACAAUCAGUAUUUAAGGGACAGAUAGAAUGUGAUAGUGAAACAGUGUUUGAACUAGCAGCUCAUGUUUUACAGGCCACAGUAGGAGACUAUGUAGAUGACAAUACAACAAAAGCAGACUUAAAGAAGCUUCCCUUGAUCACAACAAGUGCCCUUAAAGAACACCCAUCAAUACAGUACUGUGAAGAAAGGGUUAUAGAUUAUUACAAGAAAAUAGCAGCCACUACCAAAGGAUCGGCAAUUGUAAAUUACAUGACAAUAAUUGAAAGCUUACCUACAUACGGCAUCCAUUACUUUGAAGUGAAGGAUAAAAAAGACAUUCCAUGGUGGUUAGGGAUCAGUAACAAGGGUAUUGGUGUAUAUGACAAACAGGAUAAAAAUGUGCCUCGACGGGUGUUUGUUUGGAAAACCUUAGAAAACCUCUACUACAGGGAUAGAAAGUUUUCAAUAGAAGUUCAUGAUCCAAAGCGUAUAGUACACACAUUGAGCAGUUUCAACUUGUACGAGGACGCAAUACGGGAACGAGUCGAGGAUUGUGAUGAUCUCUCUGAGGCAAUAACUGACCCGUCAACUCAGGUAUCAGUAAGCAGACGGACAUUUGGUCCAGGGAAUGUGAAUGUUCAUGCCUGGUUUGGAUUAACUCCACAGCUUACAAAAUGUAUUUGGUCAAUGGCCGUGGAUCAACAUCAGUUCUACCAUGAAAGAAAAUCAAGCAAGUGCAGGGUACUGAUACACCUUGAUUUACAGACAAGUCUGCCAUCAGUACGGAGUGUGAGCGAGCUAGCAACUGAACUUUCCCGCAGCACGUCUUCACUGCCGGGGUCACUGGGCUCGGACAUCAGCCGCAGCGGAAGCUCUGCCAGCCUGCCUAGUCUUGGUGCUUCAAGAUUUGAUUUGAACUUUGACCCGGCUGACACUGCCAAGGUUCAGCGCGAGAUGUACUCAGCGUUGAAGGCAAGACGUGAGGCGCUGGAAGAUAUCCUCCGUAAGAAAACUGAGGAGUUGAAGACACUCUGUAUCAAGGAGGGGGAAUUGACUGGUCGUCUCCCAGCCGAGACCCCGUUGACUGCUGGUGAAGAGCCCCCUCAGAUCAGACGUCGUGUGGGCACAGCUUUUUCUUUAGAUACCAAUAUGGUCACUGCAGAUAAUGAGGAUGCAGAUAUGACGAGUAAGCUUGAGUUAGAGCUGGAGCUCCAAAAGCAAAUCACUAGUGCUGCCCACAAGCUCGCAUCUGACAAGUCAGUCAGCAGGUUCGUGCGCAAGCAGAGAAGACAUUCCUUUAUCAAGGCUCAGAGCAAGUUGAAAGAAAUGGAGAAGAAGUUGAGCGAGUACCGUAAAGGUGGUGUUCAGGUGUCUCCAGCAUUGUCCGGAAAAUACGAUGGCAAGAGUAUCAAGAGUUUAGACAUGACUGAUAGCGAUUCUGAUGUGGUCUCUCCAGCUCAGUCCCCAUUGGUACCUAGAGGGCCGCGUAGUAAUUAUAAACAGCAUGAAGGUCGACUGGAUCCUCUCCUGCACAGAUCAAACACGGCCCCAAAAAACUUUCCAGUGGAACGGGAAAUUGCAUCUAUGACACUUCCGCCAACACAUAGCAGUCCUACUCUGGAUGAAGUUUACAAGCCAAAUUCUGUGUACUCCACUCAGUAUCGCAACCAGACAUACCCUACUCUUGCCAGUCGUAGCCAGUCACAGACAGGUUCACAAAAUGACUAUGAAAACAAGUCUGGCAGCCAAGGUCACCUUGACAGUGGUCACCUUGACAACAAGUCUGGUGGUCAAAGUCGUCUGGAAGCUGGCCAAGGUCGAUUAGAAGGUAGCCAGGAUAGUGGGUUUAGCUCAACAAACAAUAUGUAUAAUGUGAAUUCUAGACGAACGUCACGAUAUGAAAGUAACCAUGAUUUAAAUACACCUAGUGAAUCUCACUAUGAAACUUUAGAUAAUGUGUUUGAUAACAGAUUACAGUUGCAGUCAAAACUUGGGGGGUUAGAAAAUGCUUACAAUCAGACACAAAAAAGCUACGGUAGUUUAGAACGGAACUUGAAAAAACGUCAAAAUCGUGAAUAUGAACGGAAACUUAGUGACACUGAUACUAACAGUGAAAUUUCAAGUAAUACACCUUCAAGGUUUGGGAAAAGGACAUCAAGAUCUGAAUAUGAUCUGUCUUCUAAAGGGAAUGAACAGCCUGUGGUAAAUACAGAGAAUGACUUUCCAUUGUCUAGUAGGUCAAGGAAUUACGUGGUGAAUUCUCCCACUCAAAAUUAUCCAAGUAGAAGUGAUAGGUAUAACAAUGAGAGACUUGAUUCAGUGUCAAGUCAUCGUAUGAUUGAGGUACCAAUCCAUCAUGAAUCUAGCCAGAGACAAGAUAGGAAUUUAGAUUUAAAUUCACAGUCACGAGCUGCAUGGCAGGACUCUGCAUCCACGGAACCUUCUCCAAUAAUACAGAGUCCAACAAAAAGAACGUUUAAUGAACUUUAUACAGGGAGUGGUGGUGGUGAUACACCACAAGGCCAGUGUUACAGUCCUAGGGGCUAUGAAGGGGCUAGAGCCAAUACUCAUUCAAAACCUCCUCAUUCGGAACAUAAAGUUAGUGUUAAUGUAAUUGACUCGCCUCAUGGUGUCCCACAGGCAACCUCAAGUAAAAUUGUAACAAUAAAAAUGUCACCUCAUGUAGAGGUGUCUAAACCAUUUGAAAUGAAAGACUUCUAUAAAUAUAGUGAAAAGUUACGCAGGCAGAGAUUAGUUGAACAAUACCAUAAUGCUCUGGUUGGAUCAAGAGCAAGUAGUCCGUCACAGCACUCAUCAGAAGGUGAUACUCAUCAUUCCACAUCAUCAUAUCAUCAUCCACAGGGUUCUCAGUAUGGACAAUCAACAUCAGGUCAAGUACACCCAGCAUACAGGGGAACCAGCACAAGUUCUGCAUCUCCAUAUGGUUCCCCUGUGUCAUCACGUCACAUGACUGGUAAUCAUCCAUACACAUCUCAGUCUAAUGCUUCACAAGAUCAUAUGGGUUAUGGAAAUUCUAGAGCUAAUUCCGUUUCCUCAACGUCUUCAUCAACGACAACUUAUGGAGUUAGCACAUCAACGUCGCGUGUUCAAUAUACUGUACAAACACAGGGUGGCCGUGUUUUGUAUAAAGCACAGCAUCAGUCUAGUAAACAAACACAUUACCAACCACCUACAUCCAUGAAAUGUGAACCAGUCAGGAGUUCUCGAGAUAUACGGAGGGGUAGUCAAGAAGCACCUGCAACACCAACCAGCUCAAGAAAUGCACAACGUGGUAUCCAUCAUCAACGGCAGUAUUCAACCCCAGAAAGAACUGUAGCAUCCCCAUUGAAUAUGAGCAAUUUUCACUUGUCCCCGGCUGGCAGCUUAUCAAAGGCUUUCAGUAAUGAGAUGCUGGAAUGGUUUGAUGGAGAGGGGAACCAUGCUCCAACCUCCGUUUGACAGGUACAGACAAGUUGUAUUGGAUAGAACAGUCAAGUAAUUGAAAUACUAGUCCAUUUGUUAGCCAGACAGUGCACAGCAUGCCAGGCAGAAGAUGUGACUCCCAGUCUAUACUUUUAAUUGAUUUUAAAUAAGAUUGUUAUUGUAUGCAGAAAAACUAGCUGUUUUACCUAUGUACACAGUCAGUGGAUAUGAAAUUAUAUAAUUUUAACAAACCUGUAUGUUGUUAUACAAAAGUUUAAAUUGUUUAACUGAUAUUUAUAUUUAAAAAUUCAAAAAUUGAUUAAAAGUAAUUGAAGUUGAAUGAAUAGAUUUUCUGCGGGAAGGUCUGAAUAAAUCGUGAAAGAAUGUCAGAUAAAUGAUCUUUGAGACAUAUAUAUUGCUGUUAGCAGUUGUUGAAGAUAUUUCAAGAUUGAAAUAUUAUAUGAGACUUUGCUCUAAAUUGAAAAUUACAGAACUGCAUACUUAAUAUGUAUUUCCACACAAUUAUUAAAAACAGUCUUUUUAGCUCACCUGAGCACCAAGCGCUCAUGGUGAGCUUUUAGGAUCGUCAGUUUGUCUGUUGUGCACAGUUUCUUCAAAGAACUCUUAAACCACCAAAUCAGUUUCAUCCUAACUUCACAGGAAUAUUCCUUGGUUAGUUUUUCAGGUUCCCUCAAAUCUAGGUCAUCCAUGCAAAGUUCUCAUUGCCAUGACAGUCGAAAGGAAAACUUGAGAAAUCUACUCAGAAACUGCUGGCCAGAUUUUGAAACCAUUUCACAGAAAUGUUCCUUGGGUGACUAUCCAUACCAAAUGCCUUCAGAUCAUUUUGUUUUGUAAAAAAAACAUGGCCACCAGGGGGCGGGCUAGUUAAACCUUUAUGGCUAUAUGGAAAACUGUACAAAUCUUCUUCAGGUAGUAGUUUCAAGAAAAGUCCAUAUUUUGGAUGUUGCUAUUUUGAUCUGUUAAUAGGCGAAAAAAUAUGGCUGUCUGGGGACCAGGCUAGUUUUCACUAUACAUGUGGCUGAAAACCUAACAAAUCCUGUCCUAUUAAACUGCUGACCAGAUAUUUUCAAAGCCCCCACCCACUACCUGCCAGUAAUAAGUGAAAAGUCUUGUCAGAAAGCAUUAGCUCUAUUUAAAAGCAAUUUCCUCAUAUUGUCCUUGGAUGAUCCUUUACCAAAACUUCAAGCAAGUUGUGAAACUCAGAUGCGCAGUGUAGGGCCCUCAUGGCCCUCUGGUACUUUGAAUAAUUCCUUUUUGUAUGAAAAUAAAAAAAUUGCUUGAUGUUGCAAGUUAUUUUUAAUUCUCAAAAACAUAGGUAACAGGAUUUUAAUGUCUAAUUUUAACAUUUGAUAUAUAAUAUAACCCAGUUUAGUUAAUUUUAAACAUUUUGGCCUGUUGAAAGGUAUUGCUUUUAGCCUUUAAAGCUCAGAAACUGUUGUUUUAUUACUUAAAACCAGGCAAUUUAUUUCAUAUCAGCAAUAUUCCUUUGUUAACUCACUAUAAAAUAAAUUCUCAAAAUUCUCUAUAUAAACAAGAGUAGAGUGUUUUGAUAUUUCACAGUGUGCAAUUGAUUUUAUAAAAUGUAUUUCAUUGAAAUUAGCUUCUUUAACAAUAAUUAUAUGCAAAAUUGAAUGAAAAUUAAAAUAAUAAAAAAUGAA